UUCAUGCAAGCAUCAAUCGAAAAGUCAUUGUUAAGUUCAAAGUGCGAAAAUAUCUGUGCUUCUCUCCACGUUUGAACUUUUGUGCUGAUUCAUUUCCAUUCACACUGUCUUGUGACUACCGUCAUCAAUCGUUCAACAACGGCCAGCAAGAUUGUUAAGGCUGCGCUGCAAAGAAGAUUUGAAUCAGGAUUUAUUGUCGGAUUCGCUUUGAAAGCAACCUAAUCACAACAAGUCAAUGACAGCAUUCACUGAAUAAUCAUACUUGAUCAUCCCAAGAUCGGUAAAACGUUUUGUACCAUACUAGCUCACAAUGGGUCAAGCAAAUGGAAAGGAAAAGGCAGAGGGUAGUGGUGGAAUGGUAGAUGGAGGAGCAUUGGUUCCACAAGGUGUAUAUAGUGGAGCACAGGAUUACAAUCACUCAGUCGUACAAAAGUUGAUUCAAACACGCAAAUUGGCACCUUUCUAUACUGGAUUGGACGAUGAAGAGGCAUAUGCAAAAGCACCAUAUAAUACAGAAUGCCCAAUUUGUUUUCUCUACUAUCCAUCACCAUUGAAUCAUACCAGAUGCUGUGGUCAGCCGAUCUGCACAGAAUGUUUCGUUCAAAUCAAGAGAGCCGAUCCUACUACACACAAUCCACCUUCAAGUGAGCCAGCAAUGUGUCCAUUCUGUCAAGAAACAGAUUUUGGUGUCGUAUACAAUGCACCACCUCCAGGCGUACUCAGCGGUGAGAACAGAAGCAUUGCUGGCGUGGCAGAAAGUGCAAGUGCUGCACGAGAACAAGCCGAAGGAAGUGCAGAAGGAAGCCAACAACAAGCUGCUCAAAAGAAGAGAAAGAGCUUCACGCAUAACGAUCCAAGUGUGGUGACGAUUGACGCAAUCAGACCUGAUUGGCAAGCGAAAUUGAUGGCAGCAGAAGCAGCAACUUUACGAAGGGCAAACAGAAGAAUUAUUAUGAGACAAGUUGGUGAUCGCUUGAUUCCUGUUGGUGUAUCUUCCUCGAGAUUAGGCUCUGAACUUCCACCAGGAUCAACCACUGGUCCCGGCGGAGCAAUCAUUAUUGGCGAGAAUACAAGAUGGGGAGGUGAUAGACGAGGUAGUCGUGGAAGACGUGGAGGAGAGAUUGCCAAUUUCUUGCAAUCCUUAGGCGGUGGGCAAGAUAUGGAAGAAAUGAUGAUGAUGGAAGCGAUGCGACUCAGUCUAUUGGAGCAUGAAGAAGAACAACGAAGACAAGCACAAUCUCAGUCACAGCAAGGUCAACAAAGUAGUGAUGGACAAGGAGCAGCUUCGCUUCCUGAUACGGCAAACGAUGGUGCACCACCCACUCCAAAUGUCGAUGCACGUUCUGCACCGGCUAUGAGCGGAACUAGUUCUGUCUUUUCAAGUCAGCAACAAGCUGCCCCAUUGCCACGUACAUCAAGUCUUGCUGUCGAUAAUGCGACCACUGCAACUUCGUCUGUAUCUGCACCAGCACAGUAUACAUUGAAUCCUCAACAGCUUGGGAUUUCAACCAACAUGAUGGCAGAAUUGUCUGAAUUGGUGGAAGGCGGAUUGAAUAUUGAUAGAACCAGUGGAGGCGAUGCCCUCACCUCGGGAAGCCAAACAGUAACUUCUUCCGAAACAGCAGCACCAUCGUCGCCGACGCAAUCAUCUUCCGUGCCUGUGCCGAUCACGCCGUCAACUUCUACUGCCGCUGUACACUUUGCCGGUUCGCCAGCGUCUCGACGAUUACAAGGAUUAAAUGAUUCAAAUCAAUCACCAUCAAUGACUACACCAAUCAGCGGUACACCACCUGUAGGCAGUCCAAGUCGAAUUGGAACGAAUCCCAACAAUCCAUUCCGCAGAUAGAGUGCUGCCAAUUCACCAACGCAUAGCCGACAAGGUUCAAAUGCCAAUAUGGGAUCAUCCUUCAGUGCAAAUGGACCCAAUUCACCUUUUGCGUCUUGAUCAUGAAAUAAAACUGUUACCCUUUUAACAGCUCUAAUGAUAGAGUCUGUUUCAAUCCUUUCUGUUAGAGACAUUUCCGUCCAUUUUCUUUUAUCCUGUUGUACUUUUGAUCAUAUACACAUUUCUACUCAAUCUUCAAUGUCACCAUCACUUACCAAAACCAAAGUACAUAAAGCGAGCCU